CGGGACAGUAUAUCCAUCGUAUUAGCGCUAGAAAUGUCUCCAAGAUACGAGCUCUGAGAACCUUAAACCCACCAACGCCAAAACCAGCAUUCAAAACAAACUUACAACGUAGCUACAGAAGAGACCCAUCAAAAACCUCCGUCCAAGGAGGGGUAUUAACACAAAAUCUGGAGACUAGAGAAGCAAGACGAUGAAAGAAAACAAACUACGGAAAUUAAAGAACAAAAUUUCAUUGCAAAUUCAUUUUAUCCUUCAUCAAUUUCCAUGUCGGAUAGUUCAUGAACAUUCACGCUGCUUCUGCAAUUAAAUAUGUCAUGAUUAAGUUGACACGUGUCACACAAGCCAGGGCGCACGUUAACAUGCGGCACUCGAUUAAUUCUAUUUCAUUUUUUUUAAACUGUUGUUUUAACCUUAAAGAACUCCGUUCUGAGACAGAUUAAAGAUAAAUAUUACUCUGUUUCCACUUUUCACUUUCUCUUUCUUUCUCUCCCUCUCUUUCUUCCUUUGUAGCUUUCACUACAUUACGGACGUCUUCUCAAGAGGUAUUGAUAUUCAGGCUUCAAGGCUAGUUGAAUUAGAAGAGAUAAGCAUGGGUACUGAUGCUGUUGCUGAAGUUGGUUUUUCUCUCGAUGAUGUCAACUCUGCAGAUCCAGGAGCUGAGUCAAGUAAAAUCAAUUUAGUUGUGGACAUGUCUUUUAAUGGAGAGACAAUUUCUGAGUUAAUAAUUGCAGAUGAGAUUAUAACGAGAAUGGAAUUAGAUUUAGCAUGUGCUUCAGAGAAGUUGGUUAACCUAAGUGUAUUAAUGAUGCACGUGGAAUCCAAGGAAAGUGAGUUUGAAACAAUUGCCCCACUAGAAGGAGAUAUAUUGGGGAAUUUAGUGGAGGUUAUGGAAUUUGAUUUCUUGUCCAGGAUUUUGUAUUCUGAAGUGACAGAACUGGAUAAUUUCGUGAAAACUUUCCAGGAGAAUAUAGUUGAGGCGCAUGAAAUGAUAUCCUCAUAUAAGCAUUUGGGACAAACUUUCAUGGCAAUGGAAGAAAAGUUGCUUGAUUCUGAAAAAUCAUUGAAGCAGUUACAUGAUCAAGUGUCGGAAAUUAGGAUGCAAUACACCAAGUUCCAGAGGACCUUGUCAUGUCUGAAUGGAGAAGAGAAUUGGAGUGGUGAUGAGGUGUCAAACUUCUCAGAAGAUAAUCAAUUUGUGGACACGAAUGCAAAGAUCAAGAUGCAAACUGCUGAACAGCAAAGACAUAUUUUAAGGAUGCUAGAGAAAUCUUUGGCAAGAGAGAUGGAUCUUGAAAAGAAACUAACUGAAUCAAGACAAAUUGAGGAAGAGCUAAAACAUAGGAUACUCUCUACAGAGCAAGAAGUAUUUUUCUUGGAAGAAGAAGCAAUAGAUGUUUGUGAAAGAUGGUUCACAGCAGAAAAUGCUGCAGAGGUCUUGAUGGGAAUUUCUCAAGAACUACUGAGUCGACUAAAGAUUUUUCAGUUCAAUUUAAAUGGUUCAAUUAAACGAGAAGCUGAACUAAGGUCAAACCUUGAUAAAUCAGUGGAACAGUUGGAAGCCAAAGAAAAUGCUUUGCAAAAGUUCAAUAACAGCAGUGUGAAACUCAGUGAUCGUUUGAAAGCAAGCUUGACAGAAGCUGAAGAUAAAUUAAUUCUUGCAAAUUCUGAGGUCUCAACUCUAAGAGAAAAAGUGUAUUCAGUUGAGAAGCAGCUGGAAGAAUCUGAGUAUCAGCUGUCAACUGAAAACGUAAACGUCUCUAUGGAUGGACCAGAGGAGCAGCAUAGUGCUUUACGUUCUGAGAUCACAAAUUUGGAAAACACAGUUGAGGAUUUGAAAGAAGAGCUGGCUAAAGUGGAAAGUAGGGCAGCUAGUGCAGAAGUCAAGUGUAAUUUGUUGGCAGAGACUAAUUUGGAACUUAACAAAGAGAUGAUUCAUCUUAAAGAUGCCUCUGAGAAAGUGGAUUCAUUAGAGAAGCAGCUGAGUGAAUCUGAUAUUAGGCUCCAGCAUGCAGUGGCAUCUGCUGAUGCCAGUCAGGAGAAGCAAAACAUGCUGUAUACUACAAUUAGGGAUAUGGAAAAUUUAAUUGAGGAUCUAAAGUUGAAAAUUCAGAAAGCUGACAGUCGUGCAGACAAUGCAGAGGAUAAGUGCAUUGUAUUAUCUGAAUCUAAUGCAGAACUAAAUGAAGAACUGGGCUUUUUGAGGGGAAGGCUUGAAUGCUUGGAGAUAUCUCUGAAUCAAGCUGAGGAAACAAAAAUGAUUGCGGCAAAGGAUAUUGGCUUUCGGACAAAAGUAAUAACAGAUCUGGUGAUGCAAUUGGCUAUCGAAAGAGAGCGCCUUCAUAAGCAGAUGAAAUCAUUAGCACUUGAGAAUAAAACUUUAGUGCUAGCUACCAACCAUUGUAAUAGAGGAAGUGGUGAAAAAUCUCUGUUUCCUGAGCAUGAAGUAACCCAGAUCUCAGCAUCUGGUUCCAAGUUGGACAAGAAAAGGAAAAAUGUGUCUGUUGGUGAAACUGAAGUGGCAGAUGCAGAUUCCAUAUUGGGGGCUGAAAGUACGAGGAGGAUAGGUGCAGGAAUGCUCAACUAUAAGCAUAUUAUCAUGGCAGUGCUUAUCUUGUUGAUUUCUGCAGCUGUUUAUCUAUUUCAGCCGCAGAACCACCACUUUUGAUAGCAGAGAUGCUAACCUCAUAUUUUAUGUUUC